GAAUGCCAUGCUAUGUACCCCUGUAUCACACUUAAGGCCAAUAUUGAUUGUUAUCUUUCUAGGUGUUCUGCAGAAAAGACAGUUACAGUGUUCCACAAUCUGACACUGGAUCGUGAAGGGUUUUCUUUUGAUGCGUUCCGCUUUAUAAACGAAAUCUCUGGCGUCACUAAGAUUAACAUAUAUUGCGACGUUGUAGUAUGCAGAUCUGACAAAGCUAAGGCUGCUAGGUCAGGUGUAGAAUGUGAGGGCGCAGAGUCUGCUGUACGACGUCGAAGUGUCAGUUCAGGCACCAGACACACCAUCAGCUAUGGCCCAUUAACCGUUUACAGUUCGGAUGCCAGUUAUGCUGCCUCUUCCAAAGAAUCUCGAGGAAUGUUCGGCACGAGGGCGUAUGUGGUCGGCAUCGUGGCGCUCGUUUCCAUGGUGACCAUUUGGGGCGUGUCCAAAGGCUACAGCUACAAAAACAAAGGCCAUGAGUCUGAUUACGCCCUCCUCGUUAAUAUGAACUGAAUCACGAUUCAGACUACGUCCAAUGCUGUAACAGUUAAAGGAAACCUCAUCCCCCAAAAUGAACUGUAUUCCUGCCCUUUGAUGUACAA